AUGCACCAUGCCACGGAGCUGAAGAUGGCGGUUCCCAAAAGAAAACUGGUUCUCUGGAUAUUAUGUGUUGUGAACAUUUGCUCCUUCAUGUUCUUUGCAGGGAUACAUGGUGAUGUUCCUGAUGAUGUUGUCUACACUGAGCUACACAAAGAUGUAAGAAUAGGGGACAGAGCAGUCCUGACAUGUCGGUUUAGAGGUUUACCAUUGGCUGUCUACUGGAAGAAAGGAUAUGACCCUAGACGGUCACCAAACCUUGUCUCAUGGAUCCCAACUGAUGACGUCAACGGUGUGAAUAGGUGUGUCACUGCUCAUUCAUCCGUUAAAGUGGAGACGACCAGUGUCACUUACGAACUAGCAAAGGAUACCUUUACUUCUUCAAGAAAUGUGGAUAUCAGUGAUCUGCAAAGUGUUUUCAAAACCCAAGACAAGGAAACGAACCAAGCCCAACCAGACUUGACAACCAACCUUGAAGUCGCAGAACAAGGCAAGAUUGGGAUGUCAGUUUGGGCACUCAGAACGAUAACUGUUCAGCGGCAUACAAAGCAAAAUGUCAUUUCUGAGACGUCAGUGACAGAAGAAUAUUUCCCUUUGGUGACUUUCGUCAGAUUGGGCAGGGCACCACUGUCUAAGUCCAAGCUGAUAAACGAUAUUCUCAGGGAUGAUGGUCAUGACACCUUCUUCCACAAAGAUUGCAUUAACGGUACCAUACCCAGAAGGAUUAGUGAUGGUCUUGUCGAAUGUUCUUGGUUUAUUACAAUAGGUGAAAGGAAAGAUCAUCUACCAGACACAACAAUGGUACUAAACUUAAGAGGCGAUGCCUCAUUAAUGAAGAAACAGAUGCAGAUUUUGAAGGAAAUAUCCUCUGUGAUAUUUGUGACAGCCUCUGAUCAAGAUCUGGCAAAACCCCAAAACACCAACACAUUUCGAGAGAUUUUACAAACUAAUGCUAAAAUUAUCCUCCUUUUGAUCUGUGGAAAACACGAACAGGGUACACUGGCUUGUUUUGAGGCAAUUGGAAAGGAUUUUCUGAAAAAUGUCAGUAUCAUUUUAUCCAGAACCAGAAAAGGUAUUGAGAAAAAUGCCAGUGAGCUCAAGUCUGAGUCUAGAGAAAAGUUGACAGAAGCAAUCAGUGGGUGUCCCGGUACAGUGGUAAAUGAUUUCGCUCAACGUGCGAGGGAAUUGGGGAUCAUCAUAGAUGAGUAUGACAAAGCUUGCCUUGAAGGUAAGGAUCUUGCAGAAAAGAUUGUCAGCAAAUUGAAAGGUAAAGAAAUCAUUGACUGUAAACGUCUCUUACUUCCGCUGCAAGGUGCUGAAUGGACUGAAUACUGCAAGCUGCUAAAGAUGCACCACAGAACAAGUGGGCAGGGCUCACAGUCGACAUCAGCAAAAAAUGUUCAUGUAGUGAAACAGAAGAUGGACCGUCUCCGUGAAAAACAGGUAGAUAUAUGCAGGAACAGACUAACUCCCUUCAUCAAAGACUUUAUGUCAAAUCUGCAAAAGAACUUAGAUGUCGUUAUGUAUUUCUUGAAGUGGAUGGACCUCUUAUUAAAAGAAAUAUCGAAAGCCAACUUGUCAGAACUACACAGGCAGUAUAACACAACAUGGAGGAAAUUUCAGGAGGCAAAGAUGCAACAGAAGAAUACAGAAGUACAGCACUUGAUAUCACAAGUGAAUGAUGCAGAGAAUCGACUUGCCAGUGCAUCACUUGGACUAGAAAAUCUUUUCAGGGAAAUAGGACAGAUCUACGAAGCGGUGAAAGGAGACUGCAAAGUAGGAAAAGACACUUGGACAGAUGUGGAGUAUCUGCCAGAAAUAGCUGCCAAACUACUGUUAAAUGGUAUUCCAUUUGAGUUAGUAGAUGGAGAUACAUCAGUUAUUCCUAUCGUAUGGGUUAGCGCAGUGUUGAGUCAGCUUGGAAACAUUAUUGGCAAAAAGAGACUCUUCGUUCUUUCGGUCUUGGGCAUCCAGAGCUCUGGGAAAUCUACUCUUCUAAACACAAUGUUUGGAUUGCAGUUCGCCGUGAGUGCAGGCAGAUGCACAAGGGGAGCAAACAUGCAACUCAUCCCUGUAGAGGAGAACGCUGAUCUGCCAUUCGAUUAUGUUGCUGUUGUGGAUACAGAGGGGCUUCGUGCACCAGAACUAAUGCAACUAAGUUACGAGCAUGAUAAUGAACUUGCAACCCUCGUAAUCGGUCUAGGUGAUGUAACCAUGAUUAACAUCAAAAGAGAAAACACAAACCAAAUGAAAGACAUUAUGCAGAUUGCAGUGCAUGCCUUUUUAAGGAUGGAUCUUGCAAGAAAACACAUCCGAGAUCCCCAAACCUGCCUAUUUCUUCAUCAGAAUACCCCAGCAGCUCGUGCAGAGGAAGUGAUGAUGCAUGUUAAGGAAAACCUAGACAAUAUGACAAAAGACGCAGCCCUAUGUGAGAACAUUAAGUCAAUUCAACUUUUCUCCCAGAUUAUCAACUUUGAUAUCCGAAAACAUGUAUGUUUCUUUUCUGAUCUAUGGUAUGGCAAUCCACCCAUGGCCCGUGCAAAUUCAGCUUACAGUGAAAACGUAGGUGCACUAAGGUCAAACAUGUUGGGAGAUAUUGCAAAGACACAGAGAACAUUUCUAACAACUGCAGGUCUUUCCUCUCGCCUUGCUAGUCUAUGGAAUAGGAUCCUUGAUGAUGACUUUGUAUUCAGAUUCCGCAACAGUCUUGAGGUGAAAGCCUACAAUUGCUUGAAAUCCAAAUACUACACUUUGGAAUGGCAAUUGCAAAACAAAUUGAAAUCUUGGUUACCCACCGCUGAGCGCAAGAUGAAGAUAUGUGACACUAUUGAAUGCCUCGAGAAAACCCAUAAGUCCUUCGUAGUCGGGCUCGACAAAGUUCUGAGAGGAAAGGCUGAGGAAAUAGAGACACAGUUGAUGGAUUACUUCAAACGCAACAACCUACAGGGAAUAGUUAAGCAGUGGCAGCAGUCUGAGCUGAAGCAAUUGACCUGUGCUGUUGAGCAACAACAAAAAGAGGGCAGGACAUAUCUUUUGUCAAUCAAGGAAGCACGCCAAGUAGAACUAGUGCAGACUCAGAAGUGGUCAAAGCAUCAGACAGACAUCCUGAACAAAGCAGUUGAACUGGCAGACAAACUGGAAGGCGAAGAAGCGACUGUUGAAGUUGAAAAAGCUUUUGAUAUCAUGUGGAUGUCAAUGGUGCGCGACAUUGCAACGACCACAGACGAGAAACUGAAGAUGGAUGUUGUGAUUGAGGGGAUUCUUCAUAAACGAUUUCAUGCACAUAGAGCUAUUCUUAGGGAUGAGUUGAAGCGUCAUCCUCUAAAGAAUCCACUUAAGGAGACUUCCUUGGAAAGCAGCAUCACUGCAGAUGAUGAAAGGAAGGAACACAUUAAGUUAAAAGGAUUAACCAUCAUGAAACGUACAAAUAUCCAGGCUGUUGCCAUUAACAUACAAUCACAGGCCAGACACAAGAUAAUGGAAGAGACAGUGCUCUUCCUGAUUCAUCGAUGGUGA